UAAUAGGAUUGCGGUUUAAUCUCUUCGCGUAGCGUGGAUCAGGUGCGCUUGUCAGUUUAGUUUGCUCGGUUAUUGUUGUCACUCUGUUGUGAUCAGCCCUGUUUAGUUGGCUUAUUACACGCUGAUGUUGGAAAGGCGGAGUUUAUCAUUCAUGUUAUCUGUUCAAGAGGGGUGUUCUUUGUCCGCGCCUGGGUUGGAGUGUAAUAGUAAAGCGCAUGGGUUUAGCUGAAGUUCGCCGCUUGAGCUGACAGUUUCCGUAGAGCGCGCGUUCAAGUUAUAUCACGACAGAUUUACACUUCGAGUGAAUACAAUGGCAGAAACGAAUGGAAAACCAGCAUUUGAUAAACCUAAGAUUGAGCUACAUGUGCAUCUUGAUGGUGCUAUUCGAAUAAAGACCAUUGUAGAAGUAGCAAAGCGGCGGGGAAUCACUCUACCUGCGAACGGCGAGGAUAAAAUGAGAGAACUGGUCAUAAUGCAUGAGCCGGCCACACUCACAGAAUUCCUUGGCAAGUUCAAACACUACAUGCAUGCCAUUGCAGGGGACAGAGAGGCCAUCAAGAGAAUAGCUUAUGAGUUUGUAGAGACUAAGGCUGAAGAGGGAGUGAUGUAUGUUGAAGCCAGAUACAGCCCUCAUCUGCUGGCCAACAAGGGUGUGGAUCCUCUUCCUUGGGACCAAGAACCAGGAGACAUCACUCCUGCUGAUGUUGUGGCCCUGGUGAACCAGGGGUUCAAAGAGGGAGAGAAGGCCUUCAAAACCAAAGUCAGGUCCAUUCUGUGCUGCAUGCGUCACAUGCCAAAUUGGUCUAUGGAAGUUGUCGAGCUGUGUAAGAAGUAUCGUCAAGAUGGAGUUGUGGCAAUAGACCUAGCAGGAGAUGAAUCCCUGAGCUGUGAGUCAUACCCAGGACACAACACACACACACACACACACACACACCAGGAAGCCGUCAGAAGUGAGGUACACAGAACGGUGCAUGCAGGAGAAGUGGGCUCUGCCAGUGCGGUGAAAGAGGCUGUGGAAGUUCUGAAAGCAGAACGCAUUGGACAUGGAUACAACACGCUUGAAGAUCAAACUCUAUAUAAACAACUGCUCCAACAAAACAUGCAUUUUGAGAUGUGCCCAGUCUCUAGCACACUGACAGGAGCCUGUGACCCAGACUUCACUAAACAUCCUCUCAUCACAUUCAAGAAGGACAAAGCUAACUACUCCUUAAAUACAGAUGACCCUACCAUCUUCAACACCACCUUGAACUCAGACUACCAGGUGGUGCAGAAAUACAUGGAUUUCACUGAAGAAGAGUUCAAGAGACUGAAUAUAAAUGCAGCUGAGUCCUGCUUUCUUUCUGCGAAGGAGAAAAAGGAGCUUCUUGAACAACUCUAUGAGGCCUAUGGCAUGCUGGAUAAAACGCUUUUGAGCUCAGUAUUGUUAUAAACAAGUUUGCAGCGAGCAGAGCCUUUCAGGACAUUUGCAUUCUCACACGAUUGUGGAUCCUGAUUCCUUGAAACUGAAGAACUCAUACACACAUUUCUCAGCGAAAUUUAUACACAAAAUCAAUAAAGACCACACAUAAAAACCUCCAACUUUCAACUUUAGAAGUUAACAUGCUGUUCAUUAAAAUAAAUGUUGCAUGUGUCAUUUAUAUUUAAUUAACCACUGUUACAGCAUACUGGUUUUGACCAAAUGCUGUUGCCUUCCAUCUACAUGGACAUUUUUACAAGUAUUGUAAUAUCUUUAGCCUAAACAUUUUAUAUUUACUCAAGUCUAGCCACUAUAUUUAUGCUCUUCUCAAUAUAUGCACAGAAUAUGACCAUAAUGUAACAAAGAAAAAAUCUUUAUAUGAAGCAUUUUAAUCUGUAUAAAAUUAAAUAGUACAAAUUUAAAAAGUAAAUGUGGUCGUUCUUUUGUUUCAACACCAGAGGGCAUUUACCAAAAGACGGUUCAUAUAACUCAGGUUUGGAGUCAAUCAGCCUAGUGAAAAACAGGUUUUACAUUUUGUGUUGUAUAGUUUGAACUGCAUAGGAAAACAUACGGACUAUAAAUGAUGUGGGAAGGAAGGGACUGAGAGCUUGUCACUGUGUAAACUAUCAAUACAAAUACUUUUGCAUCUGAA